AUGGCGUCGACCAUCGAGGACUCGACCGCAGACGCAGUCAAAACGAUCGUGAACUACUACCAACCCCCUGCUGAUGGAGGCCCGCCUGAUUACUACGUCGUCAGGACGGCCGCUGCGAGAAAGAGGCCGAUGGACUCACGUCGUGUCAAGAUCUUCGAUCUUCGAGGACGCGAGCAUGAAUUCAACUUGGACACAAACGGCUUCCAACUCGUUCGGCAUUCCAGCAGGGAGAAGACGUUCGACGACGAGGAACGGGUCAAAGCAGUCUACUAUCCAGAGAUCGAACGAUUGAUGAAGGAGCACACUGGUGCCACCCAUGCCUACGUCUUCUCCCACGUCGUGCGCAGACAUUCCCGCGAGGAGGAACUCAAAGCCCUGCAAAAAGCCCGAAACGACGACGACAUGAUCAACUUGGAGUCCCCGGCCAUGUUCGCCCACAUCGAUCAAUCCUACGACGGCGCCUCCAUCGUCCUCGACAGCGUCAUCGACAGCGCCGUUUCGAUCGUUAACGCCUGGCGUCCCCUCAAACCCAUCACCCGCGAACCCCUUGCCGUCUGCGACGCCGCCACAGUCUCCGAAUCCGACCUGCGGGAAAUCAUCCUCCGCAUCCGCGAUGACUACAAUAACGACCGCCCUCCACAGUACGCCGUGCGGAACCAGAAGAUCUGGCAGGUCGCGGCGAACCCGCAGCAUCGCUGGUAUCUGCCCAAGAGACAGACGCCGGAGGAGGUAUUACUGAUUAAAUGCUUCGACUCGAAGAAGGAUGUGGCCAGGCGGGCGCCGCAUUCGGCCGUGCAGAUGCCAGGAGAUCAUGGACCACCGAGGGAGAGUGUUGAGGUGAGAUGUUUUUUAUUCUGGGAAGACGAGAAGAAGACGGGGCAGAGGCCGCGGUUGUAA